GGGGAGAAAAAGAAUCAUCAAAAUUAACAAAAUAUUUUAAUUAAAUAAAUACAUUUAAAUUUACAUUCUAAAAUUCUAGGGUUUCUUCUUUUAAAUUUUAAAUUUUGAUUUUGAUUUUAUCGUUUCUUCGUCAAAAUGAAAAUUAGUUGAUUAAUUUUCUGUAAAUUAUCGAUCUUUCCUUCUUCUUCUCUCUCUCGCUCGCCGUUUGUUGUUGGAAUUCGAGUCAAUGGCCGACCAAUCGGACGCUUCGCCGCUCAUGGCUCCGACGCCGGUGGAGCCCAGCGAGAUCGACCUGGAGGCCGGCCCCGGCGAACAAAUUCAGUGUCGAAUUUGUCUCGAAACUGACGGUAGGGAUUUUAUUGCUCCUUGCAAGUGCAAAGGAACUUCAAAGUAUGUACACCGAGAGUGUUUGGAUCAUUGGCGAGCUGUAAGGGAAGGGUUUGCAUUUGCUCAUUGCACAACCUGCAAAGCCCCUUACCAUUUGAGAGUUCAUGUUGCUGCUGAUAGGCGAUGGCGAACCUUGAAAUUUCGCUUCUUUGUGACCAGAGACAUUUUAUCUAUAUUUCUGGCUGUUCAGAUUGUAAUUGCUUCACUGGCAUAUUUGGUGUAUUUAAUUGAUAAUUACCGGCAGUCCUGGCUUCGUGUGGCUUGGAGUUUUGACAGUGAGCUCAGUUUCUACUACAUAUGUGGAGCACUACUAUUUUUUGCUUUGCUGGGAUUAUCUGGAUGCUUCAUUACUUGCUAUGACCGAAGAGUGCGCAAUGAUUUGGCUCAACCUUGUCGAGAAUUAUGUCUUUGUUGCUGUCAGCCUGGAAUAUGUGCGGACUGUCAUUUGCCUGGAACUCUUUGUAUGUGGACUGAUUGUACCACAUGCUUUGAAAGUUGUGCAAGUACAGCCAGUGAAUGUGGUUGUUUAGGAGGUGCUGGUGAAGCAGGGCUACCUCUGUUGUUCAUAAUGGCUUUGAUUGUGUUGGGACUGUUUACUGUGAUUGGCAUAUUUUACAGUGUUUUGGUGGCUACAAUGGUUGGUCAACGAAUUUGGCAACGGCAUUAUCACAUACUUGCAAAACGCAUGCUAACAAAAGAAUAUGUUGUUGAGGAUGUUGAUGGGGAGAUGACGGGAUCUGAUUGGGCUCCUCCACCUCUCCCAACUGAGCAUGUACAGCAACUGAAAGGACUGGGCCUCCUAUGAAUUUGAAGGAGUCUUAGUCAUGACUUACACGAAUAAGAUAAUGCAAAGAUAGACUGACUUGUCUAUUUCAGCUGGCCACUCUACUAUGAGCUUUUGACUCAUGUAGUUUGAGGCAUGAUUCUUAAACAGCUGCCGGGUAAAAAAAAAUUAAAGGUACUGUUGAUGAUGUUCAGUUAUACAUAUGAAUAUGCGAAUGAUAUCUGUGAAAAAUAUCCUUGUACUUUCUUUUGCUAUUUACUCCUGUAAUAUUCCCCGUGUACUCCUGUAAUUGUGACCGUGCACUUCUGUGAUUGUAAGGAAACUGGAUUAGGUAAAUUCAUGAAUAACUGACAACAGGAAUUUCAAUGAUAUAUUAUGUGAAAAAUUGCUUCA